AUGGAAUCGGAACCGCUAUGCCAUCGCGUGGCAGCCCGCCUACUCGUCAACAACUGCGAAUUGGUGGAUGGGAAGAAUGAAGCUACAAUGCUGACUGACAGUGGCCGGCAACUGCGAGAUUUCGUCGACUCUUACGCGGCUAGCUUGGCGAUUUGCGAUCUAGAGAGGGGCAGCUUCAAGAUACCAAACGAAUGCGCCAAGUUUCGUGAGCCAUCCUUGACUCAAAUUGCGAUGCGGAGCGAACCUCAGCUUCAUGUCACGCCUUCGGAGAUUGGACUGUGUUUGUCGGCGCUGGCAGCUUCGGAUGCAGCUUGGAGCACGUGGGUGAGCUAUCGUCAUAAAGCAUUGAGGUUCUGCGAGGCGGCAAGGGCGGAUAAUGAGAAGGCCGAGCUGCAGAAACGGAUGGACGACCUCGAUAACCGUGCCCGGCAAUCUAUGGAGAACCUUGACCGACUCGCGCCCAAGGUAGAUGAGUUAGGAGAAGGCCUGUCGAGGCUUGAGAGCUACCUCUCGGGUGAUCUCGACUUUGCGAUGCGAAAGGCCACCGAAUCUAUGCAGGACAGUCUCGAGAAUGCGGAAGGUCUUCAGAAGCUACUGGGUCUUCUCUUCGCAAAUGUUCUCGAUGGUAGCUCCCGAGCGGCCCAUGCUCAUGAGACCUCGCUCCAACAGACCAAAAGGGUCAAUGACGGCAUGGGUGCCUUGAUAGACAUCGUCUCAACUGCGAUGGCCUCAUCCGCCUCACUGACCGUUGCAUUGGCCCAGCGUCAGGAUGCCCUUGAACAAGGAGUUGAUCGCAUCCUUGCCGCCACCGAGAAGCUGUCCGACGAGGUUGAGGACCAUACAUCCAUGCUCAAGCAAGCAAAAAACAUUACGAACGAAAUCUUGGAUGCCCUCGAAGAAACCGCCGCUGCCGCCUUGACCGUUAACGAAUCAAUGUUCAAGACCGCAACGACAAAAAGCUGGUGGCCGUUUCUUGUCUGUCCCUCGGCCUCACUGGUACUGGGAUCAUACGGAAUGCCACCUUCGAUGCUCCGAAACUUUGGGCUGUUGGCUUUUGGUGAGGCCAUCGGCUUUUUGGUGUCCUCAUAUGGCGAUUUGACAACACAGUUCUCUAUCACUGUUGAUGCCUUCGGGGAUUAUGUCAUGCCGUCAGAGUUGGCAUCAAAGUUCGACGCCAACAACACGGAUUCCACGGAUUUGACAAACCUCACGGACACAGCAACGGAGGCAUCCUCACUCUAA